CGAAAUCUUAAAACGCUCGAUUCUCAAACGAGGAGACCUAACCGAUCGACAAAGGUUAGAUCAACUCUUCAACAAUAUCGACCUGCAACACGGUUCUGCGACAGACAUGUUGCAACGGAUGAGAGAGGUUAUAGGCCCAAGAACUUUCGACGAAGGCCUAUUCAAACAACUCUUCUUGUCAAAACUUCCCCAACAGGUGCAAGCAGUUCUGGUCUCGUUCCAGAACAACGCCUUAGACGAGCUAGCUGCAUCUGCCGACCGCAUUUUAGAAAUUACGAAAUCUACUACCGAGGUAUUUUCAGUCAAAGAAAAACCUCAAACGACUCAGAAUGAUAUAAACGACUUAUGUCACACACUCACGCGUUAUCUUAGUCUUCGUACCGACCGUAAGAGAUCGCGCACACCACGUAGAAGCAUUUCUCGUAAGCGAUCUGUCUCUAGACCACGAGAGACAGAUAACCCCGACUGGUGCUGGUAUCAUAACCAGUAUGGGAAGUUUUCCAGAAAUUGCAGAAAACCCUGCAAUUUUCCCAGCACGAAACCGACUGAUUCGAAAAGCAAUUCGGGAAACUUCCAAGCCGGCACGCGUUAACGGCAACCGUAGCCGGCGAACAAAGCCGUCUGUUAUUCGUCACAGAUGUGACAACGAGAGUUCGCUACCUCGUCGACACUGGCGCAGAAGUUAGCGUUCUCCCAGCAAAUCCUAACGACCGACUACACGAAUCGACCCUAAACUUACAGGCGGCAAACGGAAAACCGAUCGCUACGUAUGGCAAAAGGUACGUUUACCUUAACGUGGGUUUACGCAAACCCAUCCACUGGAUUUUCGUUGUUGCAGAUGUUUCUAUGCCAAUCAUUGGUAUGGAUCUUCUACAACACCACAAUCUGAUCAUCGACACGCGCAAACGGAGGCUAGUAGACGGUAACACUAAUUUGUCCGUUUGCGUAACUUCUUUUACUGGUUGUAGAGUAUCCCCAGUCACAGUUAAACAUAUGAUAGACCCACUCUAUCAGCCACUACUCGAUAAGUACCCUGAGAUACAACAAACUCAAACGAAACUACCGUGUGUAACCAGCAAAGUUACACAUCACAUCACGACUACAGGACCACCUGUAUUUUCUAAAGCACGCCGACUAGCUCCUGAAAAGCUAAGGUUAGCGAAAAACGAAUUCGAUCACAUGACGGACUUAGGAAUCAUACGACCUUCAAGUAGCCCAUAUGCAUCUCCGUUGCACAUGGUCCCUAAAAAGGACAGCAACGAUUGGCGUCCAACUGGUGACUAUCGGCGAUUGAACGCGAAAACCAUUCCCGAUCGUUACCCGUUGCCUCACAUUCACGAUUUGACAGCUACCUUGAAAGGUACAACUGUCUUUUCGAAAAUCGACUUGGUUAAAGCGUAUAACCAAAUCCCUAUGGCUACUGACGACAUACCGAAAACGGCUAUCAUAACUCCCUUCGGACUCUAUGAAUUUUUGCGAAUGCCUUUCGGUCUAAGGAAUGCUGCUCAAACAUUCCAAAGAUUCAUAGACGACGUUUUUCGAGGUCUCAACUUCGUACAUGCGUAUGUUGACGACUGUCUAAUCGCAAGUCCGGAUAGAGAAACACAUCUCAAGCAUCUGGAUCUUGUUUUCGAACGACUUCAAAAACAUGGCAUAACUGUAAACGUUCAGAAAUGCCAAUUCGGAACCAACUCGUUAGACUUCCUAGGACACACUAUCGAUGCUCAAGGCAUUCGACCUCUUAGGACCAAAGUGGCGGCCAUUCUGGAUUACCCAGAACCGACCACCGUCAAGCAAUUGCGCACGUUUAACGGCCUGGUAAGUUUCUAUAGACGUUUCAUACCCAAAUGCGCAUUACUUAUGAAACCUCUGACCGACCAACUUCGUGGAAAUGCGAAAUCCAUUAAUUUGGACGACACCGCACGAAAAGCUUUCUCCACAGUUAAGGAACUGAUUGCUAAAGCAACAAUGCUCGCACAUCAGGACACCCGAGCACCCAUUAGCAUCGCAGUAGACGCAUCCGACUCAGCAAUCGGAGGAGUCUUACAACAAUGGGUUAACAACUCCUGGCAACCCUUGGCAUUUUUCUCUAGAAGGUUGCUAGACACCGAAUCGAGGUACAGCACAUUCGGUAGGGAACUCCUAGCUAUGUAUUGUGCUGUACGGCAUUUCCAACACUACAUCGAAGGUCGUGAAUUCACUCUUUUCACGGAUCAUAAACCGCUUACUUUCUCGUUAAGCUCUCCUUCUGACAAGUACUCUCCCCGUGAGUCUCGACAACUGGACUACAUUUCGCAGUUUACUUCAGAUAUUCAACACGUCUCUGGAGCAAACAAUGUAGUUGCAGACGCUUUAUCUCGUAUAACUUCCUUGAACAGUUUCCAGGGAAUCGACCUUCUUAAACUCGCCGAGCUUCAAAAAGAAGACAGUGAUCUUCAGCACGAUUUGUCGUCCACAACACUUAAACUACGCAUCAAACAGAUGGGAACAGGUAAGGAAACCUUACUUUGUGACACAUCUACAGGUAGGGAUCGCCCAAUCGUGCCGAAACAUUAUCGACGCAAUGUCUUCAACACAUUGCACAAACUUUCGCAUCCAGGUGUUCGUGCAUCCAUCAAGCUUAUAGCAGAAAGAUUUUGCUGGCCUGGAAUGAAUAAAGACGUGAGGGAGUGGGCACGCUCCUGUGUAGGCUGCCAAAAAUCUAAGGUUAUAAGACACAAUAAAUGUCCCUUAGGCUCGUUUAAAACUCCCGAUGCUCGUUUCGACCAUGUUCAUUUGGAUUUGGUAGGACCUUUACCAGAUUCAAAUGGAUACUCUUAUCUCUUAACCUGCGUUGACCGUUUCACUCGAUGGCCAGAAGCAGUACCUAUCAAGGACAUCACUGCUGAAACAGUGGCCCGCACCUUCGUCGAACGAUGGGUAGCAAACUUCGGCUGCCCUUCAACCAUCACUACAGACCGCGGACGUCAAUUUGAAUCUGAUCUUUUCCGUCGUCUGACCACUCUUUUAGGAAGCACUCGCUUCCGAACGACCGCCUACCAUCCACAAGCAAACGGGUUGGUAGAACGUUUUCACCGACAACUGAAAGCUUCGCUAUCAGCUGCAAACGUUUCACAGUGGACCGACGCUCUUCCACUCGUCUUACUAGGUAUCCGCAAUGCAGUGAAAGCUGACAUUGGAUACACUGCGUCUCAACUCGUUUAUGGUACGACACUUCGACUUCCAGGAGAAUUCGUGGAUCCUUCAUCCUCUUCAAUGAACAUGGAUCUAACCUCCUACACGAACAGGCUUACAAACGCAAUGCGUUCAGUUAAACCUGCUUCCACUCGACCUCAAUCAACUGAUGUUUUCGUUCAACCUGACUUACGAUAUAGUACACACGUUUUCGUUCGUCGAGACUCGCAUCGACGACCAUUCGAAUCAGCAUACGAAGGACCCUUCAAAGUUCUUCAACGUGAACCUAAGUACUAUAUAGUCGAUAAGAACGGAACCAACGAUAGCAUCAGUAUCGAUCGCUUAAAAGCAGCGUAUUUAGAAGGAAAUCCUAUCUACGUGGAUUUUCCUUCGGUACAAUCGAACGACACGACUCCGACACUUAUAAUACCUCAUCCGACAACCAACACACACGAUGAUACUUCGACAGUAUCCGAAAAUAAACUUAAAACGACGCGUUCUGGAAGAAGGGUGAGAUUUCCAGAACAUUUAAACGACUAUUGCACGUAAGGCACUUCUAGAAAUUUUAUAUUAUUAUUUUUUUUUAAAAAAACAAUUUUAACAUGCUUAUAUAUUUUUAUUUCUAUUUAAAAAAAAACAAAAAAAACAAUUUUUUUAACGCUAUUACGUGUUCAUGAGUUUAUUUUCCAUUUUUUUUCCGCCGACAUUGUGCUUUUACGCACAUACGAGUGUAUCUUCGACAUGCACUUACAUUUUCUUUUUCUUUUCCAGGACGGCUGGAAAAGAACGAUGACGUUUAUGAGGAUCCGAAAUUUUCAUUGUACAUUUUCUUUUUUUACUAUGUUGUACCUCCGUCCCAUAUAGUAAGGAAAGACGACCAGACGCUGCUAAAUUUAGUAAGCUAUCAGAAGAGUGUUUACCAACGACAAACUCGUUGGGUUUAAACUUCUGGCUGGCCACGUCUUAGGGUCGUCACUGCCCCACUAGGGGGGGAGUGAUCUGUAGCGGUAAAUAAAUCCCCAAAAUAAAUAGCACUAAGUUUUCGACAUUGGAUGCUGACCAUAUGUUUUAGUGGACUCAUCUAGCUGAAGGCGCUCGGUCAGGCAUCUGCACCAGAUCACGUGUGGUAACGCCGUGCUCAACAUCAACCACAAUCGCUAGCCAGUUUAGAUCAGAGAAUCCCGAUAUAUUGGUCAUCGCCAAAUAUACUCUUCCAAACUCCUCGACUCUGUCUUUUGAUUUCUCUGGGCGGGAACGAAAUAUAUUAGAAGGUGUUACUGGUAGAAGCGUUGUCAAACACUGAAUACCUGUGACAUCAUCACACUUUACAGGAUUUAAUAAUAGCUCCUUAAGAGUUGCAUAAAGAAAAGAGAUAGGUUUUUCUGGAUAUGCCAAACAAACACCACACAACGUAUCCUCAGAGAAUGUAAAUCUCCAAAUAACUCUUCAACACACUAGAACCAUGGCGGUUGAGUGACCAAUCAACAUUCGCUGCAUGCUCCCAUAAUCUCUGAACCACUCCAGAACUUCAGACCAUUUCAGAAUGAAAACACAAUAAAAUGAAAUGAGUAUCAUUUAUUUUUUGAGCUUCGAAUAUAGUAGCACAUUAAUAACAACUGACUGACUAAUAGGUCAGUUUUUGUCCGUUUCUUAAUACUCAUUAAGUACAAUAAAAAUCUCAUCAACUAAUAAAUCUUUUUAUCCGAACAUAUUACAUGAAACAUGCUAUCGAAAAUGUGAUAACAGCAAUACAUCGCAUCCCGUAUAGAAACAAUUAGCCGGAAGGUUUCUACGACAAAAAUGUUAUUAGGAAACUGCAUAACAUUAAUGCAUAAGUGUUGUGUGCCGAUAAGAAUAAUAAGUGGUAAUUUUUUGGAUCUAUUUGUGGACCAAUACUAUACGUAUAUUUUUAUCGUAUAAUUGUUAAUUAACUAAACUAUUUGUAUUCAUGUCUCUCUUAUCAUUAGCUUUAUUUUAAUCCAUGACUUUUUAUUGUACGAUUUUCCAUUCUUGAAUUAUUCCCUGUCUAUUAACCACUACCUCCCAUGUUCACAGCCACACUUGGCCAAAUUUUGUACAAAUGUUAUUUUCUAUUUUGUCGUACGUUGUGGUCUACUUGUUUGGUAUAUAAACCGAGUAUGUUUGAAAUACAUGAUUCAUAUCGU